UCGCCUCCCCUCCGCUCCGCUCCGCUGUCCUCUGCCUCGCGGUUGAAACCAGUGCAGGCCAGGGGUGCGGAUGGCAGUGCAAUGGCUGUCACAGUACAAGAAUGCCUGGAGCUCCAGCUGCUGGAAGUGGAAAUGCUCCUUUCAAUGUUUCCAAAAAAAGGUGAAAUAAAUCUGGAUGGGGAUGCUGUGCCCAGCGUGCAGCGCUACCUGAGAAACACUGAUGGAGCUCUGCCCCCACAGCUCGAAUAUUCAAUCGCUAUUGAUGUAGGGGAGGCAAAGGUAAAAGUGGAAUUGCAGGUACUGCUGCCUCAUACGUAUCCUCAUGUAGCUCCUCAGCUUUUUGCAAGAUCAGAUGCACUGCACAGACAGCAACAGUUGCAGCUCAACACUGGUCUCAGUUCUCACAUCAGCUCGUUAGAUUCAGGUGAACUGUGUAUAUAUGAAGCUGUGCAAUGGGUGAAAGAAAACAGCCUGCCUUACUUGGAAAACAGUAAGAUCUCUUCUGAAAGUGCUUCAAAAGAAGUCGUAGUUAAAGAAACAUUGCAUCGCAUGUGGAUCUACAGCCAUCAUAUAUAUAGGCAGGAAUUGAGGAAAAAGAUUUUUGACUGUGCAAAGAAGUUAAAUCUGACUGGCUUCUGCCUAACAGGGAAACCUGGUGUGAUCUGUGUGGAGGGACUCCAAGAAAACUGUGAAGAGUUUUGGCGUGUAAUUAGAUAUCCCAACUGGAAGCAUAUUUCAUGCAAGCAUGUGGAGAAUAUAGAAACGGAGGGAAGCAUCGAUAAUCUUCGUCUCUUUCGUGCUUUUGAAGACCUACAGUUUCAAGCGCAUGGUGAUUAUGGCCUGAGGAAUGACUAUCACAUGGAUCUUGGCCAGUUCCUAGAAUUCCUGAAACAACAUCGAAGUGGUCAUAUUUUUCAGAUUUUAUUUGGUGUCGAAGGCAAACUUUCAGACAAAUAAGAGAAACUGUGUACGGAGUUCUAAUUUUGGACAGCAAGAGAUGAUGCUAACAUUGAAAUACUGUGCCUUAUACCUACUGUGAAAAGGGAAACUGUUUAACAUAUGAGAGGAAUGGUUCAAGUAGUUAAUCUUAGCUUCUGUUCUGAAUUGCUACAUAUUUUUGAGAGGUUUUUACUUAUUUUCUGAGACCCUAAAAUUGGCAUUUGUCACCAUGAGGCACACCUCAGAGUGCUUGCAAGGUGAUAAAAAUCCCACACCACAGUAUCCUGAAUUACACACUUCUGUCUUCUCAUUUAUACUGUGCUGUGUUACUAAGCUGAGGUGCAGACCUGUAGUUGACUUUUACAUACAGUUGUUGGUUACCAAAGCAGCUGCAGUCACAGAUUAAUGUGGUUUCCAAUACAAAAGCACACCCAGCUCAAGGAAACCUUACCGCUACAUUCACGGAUUAGUGCAUGCAGUGUCUUUUACUGCUUCACGAAGCAUCUGCUCUCACUUUAUUCAACUAAUCCAUGAAAUGCAAAGUCUUAUGUCCAGCCACAGGACAAAGUUUUGCUUUUAAAUAAGGGGCGGAGGGGAGGAAGAAGCCCACAUCACCCAUCCCUUGUAUGCUUUGGGGAGUGCCUAUACAAUUACAUCGCCAGUACCACCAUUUUAGCACUCUUCCUAUCACCUCAUUACGGUCUGGUUCUGUUAAUAGUAAUUUUUCAGCUGCUUACCUCAUGGCAUUUUAUAUGAACAUUGUUAGGCCAAGCACCUUGGAAAUUAAAAUGUGUACGAUGAGACAAAGUUUGGUGU